AGUUACUCAAGUCACGAGCUUUCUGAAGUUUUCGAUUUUUUUGGCAGAACCAACAGCAGCCACCUUGUCAUGCAGCAUGCAACACUAUCGAUCGAGGGGAUGACGCAUCACAACCUUUCCCAAACCAAAGCGGAAUACUAGUAUCUCGAUCUCGUGGACUCGACUCUUCGGACUAGCUAGUGUUAUUAGUCAACAUCGUUAGACUGCAUGGUAGCAGUCAACCGAACGCUCCUGAGAUUCCACAAGUCGUUGGCAUCAAAACCAAUCCCGUGAAUUAAUUGUCUCUCGGAAAAGCUUUAGCCAACCGGAAGGAUUGAGCCAUUCCAAGAUUCCCUCCACCACAGAACAUCUGCAGUCAACUGUGCAGAGAGAUACACCCCAAGAGAGGACUGUACGGAACCGAUUUGCCGAAACUGCUAGCCGCCACGCCGCCACCAACAGCUGUCGGGCCCAUCAUCAGCAGAUCGAAUGACUGUGGACCCUAACAACAAUGACCAUUCCAAACCAACUCGAAAAUGAGGUCACCAGCCAGAGCCAAAGCCAUCUUUCUCUGCAGGCGACGGAUGAAGUGGAUGUCGAUUCUGUGAUCUUUGCGGACCGUGAAUCUUCCUUCAAAACAACCACUGAUGCUACGACCCAACCUUUGUCCUCGACCAUUGGCAGUGGGGUAUCUACCAUCAUGGAAAAUCUUUCCCCCAAAGAUCUGGCAACAUUGGCAAGCCUACUCAAGCCACUCUUGAUAAGUCAGGAUGAGAGGAAGCAAAACCCAAAGGGUGGCGAUUUGGAAGAAAGUGCAUUGCAUCCUUUGCGGACCCCCCAGGAGACGGUUGGGGACGAAGAUAAGAAUGCAGGCAAGAGCGAGGAUGAGGCAAACGAGGAACAAUGGCACAAUCCCUAUACGGAAAGCACCUAUUCUCUUUUCUAUUUGUGCAGUGUUAAUAGUGCGGCAUUCUGGUAUGCCUUUUUUGUUUAUGCCAUCCAGAUCACAACCAUUCUGCUGACACUGAUUGACAUUGUUGACUGGGGUGGAAGCGGACUUGAUUUGCCACCUAAUGUUGACUUGAUUGUCACCAUUGCUCAAGGUGUCGCCCUUUUCCAGGCCAUAGCUUUCCAAUCAGACCUCCUCGAAGUCGUGGGAAAAUUUAAGGAUGGAUUCCACCCUGAGGUGCUCGAAAAGCAUCCUGGAGCAACCUACGCCACUUGGCUUGUUUCUUGUAUUGCUCAGCUCAUUGCUGCCCUCCUCUUACUAUUGACCAUCUACAUCUUAACCAUGGAAGUUGACAGUGUCUUGGGAAUUAUGCUCAACUUUGCAGCACUACAUUUCAUGGCAGACAUCGACAAUGUGGCAUUCGAUCUUGCCAAGGCAGGCUUUAUGGGAAACAUGCUUAAGAAUGCUGCCAGUGAUGUAGUCCACUUCCAAGUCCGCAAGCGCAAGCGCUCAGAAGAUCAAGGAAUUCUACAACGCUCUUGGAAGUCAGGGGUUUUCCUAUUGAUCCUUAUUGGUAUGGUUGGUGGAUAUGUUGCCAUUGUGGUUUUUCGGACAUCAGGCAAAUACAUGUGCAACACCAUGAUUGUGAAUAUGGGAGAUAAUUUUGUCCCCUCCCUUGGAACAUUUAAUGGCCUCUAUGAUCUGGAUUUUUCAGCAGGUUCUGGGCUGGAGUGGCGGGCAGAGUAUGUGGAGAGACGGUCCGUGGAGAUUGAUGCUCCUGGAAAAGGUGUUUUUGGGUACUGCAAUGACAUCAAAGCUUGGACAUUUCGGGUGCAAACAAGGGACAAUCUGGAGGAUUCAGAUCCAUGUGACUGGAUUGCUAGAUCUUCCAACACAGACACCUAUGAUAUCACAGAGACUGGGAGAAUCCAGUGGUUUGUCCGUGAUGAAACAAACCACGAAGUGGUGCUAGAACCAUUCAGCCUCGUUUGCUUUGACUGCUCGAAUGAGGAUGUGGAAGGAAGUAAUGACUGUGGCGGGAAAGGUAUCUGCAGCAACGCUGUCUGUGACUGUGAGGAUGGAUGGUAUGGUCUCAGGUGUGAAUUUGUCAGUCCUUGUCCUUGGAUCACCAUUCAUGCUCGAACUGAAAAGUUUGCCAGUAUCAGGGAUUGGGCAACUGGCUACCAGUCCAUUGACUUGGGCAACGGCACACUGGUGGAAGCAUACCAUCGGCCAGUGUACAUCCAUGAGUAUGAGAGGGGCGAAUAUGAUGUAGUCAUGUUCACUGGGGGGCGUUGGGCUUUAGCAGCAUCAAAAUUCUUGCCAAGUGGUGGAAGGAUCCAAGCCAGUGAUCUCUCUGAUGGCCAAGAUGAUGUUGGUUCUGACAUUGGAAACUUCUUCAAACAUAGCUUCCAUGGAUAUCAGGGAUUCUCUGCCAAUUUCUCUGUUGCCUUCCUCAGUGACUACAUGGAAAUGGGGACACACUGGAGCUCUAGCUCACCGGUUGGAUUCUCUUGGUAUUUUGCUAAAACUGUGAAAGAUCAGAAUCAGAAUCAGGCAAUUGGGAAUGGGAUUUCUACUGAGUUUGUAUGUCAUGUCUGUGACGAAUCCUCAAACCCAUGCCUCUAUGAUGGAAAGUGUAGUGCUGGGGAAUGCGUGUGUUCCCUUGACAGUAGAGGAAGCCUGUGUGAAAUUCCACCGGUUCGCAAUGGUCACUGUGAUCCCUUUUUCAACACACCUGAGUUCAAAAUGGAUGGUGGUGAUUGCUGUGAGUCUACCUGCCAGAGCACACCUGAAUACAUUUGUGGGGCAGCAGAACGUGGCUAUGUCAACACGGGGUACUAUUACUGUGAGCAACCAAAGAAGAGGUGGCAAAGCAGUCUCUUGAAUGGAGCUGCUGGCUCCUUCUCGGGAUAUUCCUUGGAUCUUUCAAUGAGGUCGAUGGUUGUGUCAGAACAUUUACAGGACAGAGUGCGGAUAUAUGACAAGGUUGAGCGAUCCUGGGUCCUUCGAGAGACUCUCAUUGGGUCUGCUGGUACAUGGUUUGGGCGGACUGUGGCACUUUCCUCUGGGCCCUUUCAUGUUGUCAGCAAUCCAAGCUUCAAGGCUCCUCUUACAAUUGCUGUUCAGGAUAGCUACGGAACUAUUCAUAUCUACAAGUGCAUUCAUAGUAACUGCACUCAAACCCAGGCGAUUCCAUUGGUCUUGGACUUCGAUCUGUCAGAUGAUGGGACUGUCCUUGCAGCAUCUUUGUUUGUUGCUGCUAACCAGGCUCCCAAAGUGAUAAGAUUCUAUGAGGCCCAAGAGGGAUUAUUUGAGUUCCGAGCAGAUUUAAAUGUUACAAGAAAUGGUACCCUGGCUGACGUAAUAUCCUUGUCGUUGAGUGGAGAUGGCAGCAAACUGGCUGUGCAGUCUCAGGUGUCAGGGUUUGACUCAGAGACCAACUUUGCUGUGGUUACAGAUGUGUAUAUUGAUGUCAUGGCCUGGGAUGAGUUGUCUGGUGGCUAUGCUACUGAGAUUGAGUUCCUCUUUGAGUCUGUUGUGAACACCAUGUUUCCCCCCUUGUCAAUGGCAUUGAACCAAGAUGGCACUUUUCUUGCCUAUGGCUACCCGAAUUGUCAAGGCGCUCAGCUUCACCUAAAUUUCCGCAAUGAUGAGGGUGUUUGGAUGCCACGGAGGGCUCCACAGCUGAACACCACUGGGUGCAUUGACAUUGAGCACCCCGAUAGGAACAAUGCCUUGUCAAUAUCUGAUGAUGGAUCCAGGAUUGCCUUUAGGUUGGGUAACAAGGUCAGAUUUUACAGAUGGGAAGCUACAUUCAAAUUUUGGGGUUCUUUGGGAGAUGAUUCCCCAUUCACACACUACCCAGUUGCAAUCUCUCCUGAUGGCAAGGAAGUUGCAAUUGGUUCCCCUGAAGGUGGCAUUGGUGGAGUCACAACAAUCUACUCACUGCCAGGAAGAAAGGAGUGCCCCGCUGGCAUGUCACUCCUACGCCUUUCACUUACCCAUGAUUCGCUCCCUACAGGUGUGGUGUGGAACCUUGUUAACAACAGCACAGGGGAGAUCCUGUUUGAGCAGGAAUCUUAUCCACUGGAGUAUGCCUAUGCAACAAUGGUGGAGGAGACAUGUGUCCCGAUGGAUUCUUGCUUUGUGUUUACGAUUUACAAGGAACAGAACGGUGGGUUGCAUGCACCAGGACAAUUUGCACUCUUCAUGGAUGGGGAGAAUGUUGCUCAGGGAACCUUUAGUGGUCUUUUCCGAAGAGAGCAGAUUGGGAGCUGUGCAUCUUGCCCCACAGGUACAGAACCGUUUAGCAUGAUGAUGUUGACAUGUGGACCCAUGGAGUGGACACUGUUAAAGUUGAUUGGGGGAGGAGAAAGCGGUAUCACACUCCAUUCAGAGGACACGUUUGACAGGGAUUAUGAUGAUACUGUGUAUGAGACCUACAAUGAACACUGGAUGGAUCAGUGUGUUGGUCCUGUCUUUUCACUUUCCUACAAUGAGUGUUUGGACCCCACAGAGUGCCAUGUGGUGAAUGUGCAUUCACCAAACAAGAACACUGCAUUCCUUGAGCUAGUGUUUGGGGAGCAGAGAGUCAAUGCAAGACCGAGUGCAGUUUGUGAUGGGGAGGCAUUUUUUGUUGGGCAAAAGGAUAAGUGCAAUCAGGAAGCCGACUGGUUGAAUCGCAAGCUCCAAAGGUUUGCCAAUUAGUUGAGUAGCAGCGGAUCCAAAGCCACGAUGGAGUUCUACUGGCUAGAUACAUGUAGUUGUCUUGUAAUAAUUGAAAAGGGGAGGAGGCUUCGGUCUUCGGUCACUUUCGUAUGUGUACUCUAACGCUCUAAAGCCCCCGUUAAUAAGUCUUUUUGUCACCUCACACAGGCUUAGAUCUCGCCCAUUGGGAAAGCCUGUUACAAGGAG